AUGGAAGUAACAUGUUUGGGAGCAGAUGAAGCAUGGGACUUAUUCCGCGAGAAAGUUGGUGAAGUGACCUUAGAAAGUCACCCUGACAUCCCUGCGCUGGCGAGAAUAGUUGUUGAAAGAUGCAGAGGCUCACCGUUGGCAGUCAGCGUUAUCGGCGUGGCUAUGGCAGGCAAGAGCUUGGUGCAAGAAUGGCGGUAUGCAAUCGACGCUUUGACUUUAUCUGCGGCUAAGUUUUCAGGUAUGGAAGAUGAGAUCCUUCCGGUUUUGAAGUUUAGCUACGAUAGUUUGAAGGAUGAGAGAGUGAAACUGUGUUUCCAAUAUUGUGCUUUAUUCCGAAAGGGUGAACACAUAUGGAAAGAUCAUGUGGUUGAGUAUUGGGUAGAUGAAGGCAUUAUAGAUGGGAAAGAAGAUAGAUACAGAGCAGAAGAGGAGUGCUACGAUAUAAUAAGAUACCUCGUUCGUGCUUGUUUACUGGCGGAUGAUAAACAUGGGAACACAGUGAGCAUGCCUAGCCUGGCUCGUGAGCUGGCCUUGUGGGUAGCAUCAAAUUUUGGGGAGGAGAAAGAAAACUUUAUUGUGAAACCCAAUGAAAAACUUGGUGAAGUUCCAAAUGUCAAGGACUGGGGACAAGUGAGUAGGAUGUCAUUGUCUGAAAAUAAGAUCAAGAAAAUAAGUUGCAGUCCAGUUUGUCCUAAGCUCAGAACCCUGUUACUCGGGUAUAAUAACCUGGAGAAGAUCUCAAGUGGGUUCUUUAUGUGUAUGCCUAAUCUUGUGGUUUUGGAUCUAGCUGCAAACAUUGGCCUCAGAGAGCUACCUGAUGGGAUUUCUAGGCUCAUCUCUUUGCAGUAUCUCGACUUAAGCAACUGCCUCUAG